UAACAAAACUGUCUCCUUCCCGGGGCCGGACUCAGAGGUGCAGGGAGGCCACGCACAGAGCCGCUGCCUACCAUGGGCGUCCCGGGAAUGCUGCCGCUGCUGCUGUUGGUUCAAGCCUGCAUUCCAGCCACCUGGGGCCUGCGGUGCAUGCGGUGUGAGAGGACCGGGAACUGCCAGGUGCGAGAGUGCGCGCCUGGCCAGGACCUCUGCAGGACCACGAUCCUGAGCAUAUGGGAAGAAGGUGCAGAGCUGGAGGUGGUGGAGACGGACUGCGCCCACCCAGAGAAGACCAACAGGACCAUGAGCUAUCGGAUCGGCAUGCAGGUCAUCACCCUGACAGAGGCCGUGUGUGGGUUCGACUUGUGCAACCGGCCCAGCCCUGGCCGGGCUCCCGCCUUUCCCCGAAGCCGAAGCCGGUACCUCGAAUGCGUUUCCUGCGCCUCUUCAGACCUGAGCUGCGAGAGGGGCCGGGACAAGAGCCUCCAGUGCCGCAGCCCCAGUGAACAGUGCCUGGAGGUGGUGACCCACCGGGACCGGGACCUGGCCGGGAGUCCAGGGGAUGAGCGCCACUCCCGAGGCUGUGGCCACCUCCCUGGCUGCCCGGGCCCCACCGGCUUCCACAGCAACCACACCUUCCACUUCCUGCGGUGCUGCAACACCACCAAAUGCAACGGGGGCCCAGUGACGGAGCUUGAAAACCUGCCGCCGAAUGGCCUCCAGUGUUACAGCUGUCAGGGGAACAGCACCCACGGGUGUUCCCCCGAGGAGACCUCCCUCACCACCUGCCGAGGCCCCAUGAACCAGUGUCUGGAAGCCACAGGCACUGAUGGGCCAGGCCACCCGGGCUACACGGUGAGAGGCUGUGCAACGGCCUCGUGGUGCCAGGGCCUCCAUGUGGCUGAAGCCUUCAAAUUGACGGACCCCAACGUCUCCUGCUGUACCGGAAACGGCUGUAACCACCCCAACCGAGAUGCCCAGUCCCGCAGGGGGGGCGCCCCCCGGCCUGGCCCUGCCCGCCUCUGCCUCACCAUCACUCUACUUAUGACUGCAAGACUGUGGGGAGGCAUGCUCCUCUGGACCUGACCCCCACGCUCUCCCUGCCCUGGCUGGAUCCAGGGGACCCCUGCGCCCUCCCCUCAGCUCCCAGGCCUGCAGACUUGCCGUGUGACUUCGGGCCCGUGUGCUGCUUCCUCUGGGCCUCAGUUUCCCCAGCUGUGAAAACACCUGUCCCACAGAAUUACGAGAAACAGAGGAGAAAAGCUAGAGAAAGGCUGCGGGCCAGCAGGAGUUCUUGUUACUAAUAUUGUUGCCCCUAUUGUUGUUAUUAUGAAUUAAUAUUUGUUUUAUUUAAUAUUUUAUACUUUAUAUAAAGAUUUUUAUACCAAUGAA